AUGGUUGCUCGUGUUUGCGGACAGUCCGCCGCGGCGGACGGUAGCGUGGUGACCGCGGCCACGGUAGGUGACGUGUGGUGGUGGAGCGGCCGCGUGGCGUCGGCGGCCGCGCGCCGCCCGCCGCUCGCUCGCUCACUCACUCCGCCGCCAUGGCGCGUCCCAGACAGUCGCCGCGCCACAACGCACAGUACACGGAACUGCCGCCCCGCGGACCAGGUACCUCUAAUCCUUGCGCCCCGGGACACGCACUGCGCCCGUAUCACGCUCCAAAUGCUGCUCCGAGCUGUUGCCUUUGGUCUCGCAUCGACGGCAAGCAGUCCGCACGACUUAUACGCCCUUGUUGACGUGUUGUGCACCCGAGUUUACCGUAUGGACCUCGCCUCGCCGUGCCCGUGGAAAGUUACGGGCAGCCUCUGCCCGUCGCCAGCUACC